CUCAGUUUCGAACCGGUGGGCCGGAGGGAAAGAGCUCCGUGACCCUGAAUCCAACUGCUCUUCGUUCGUCUUCCCUUUGUCAUUUUUUUAUCCGAGACUUUUUCACGAGGACCGAUCGCAGAUCGAUUUUUCCAUCGACGUUCUGCCAUUCGCGUCGAAAUUGUGGCCGUCGAGAAUUUUAAAGAGGAUUUUCCAACGGUUCAACUGUGUUUUCUGUUCGUUGCUUCAAGCGUGCACUCGAGGCUCGGUUUUGUGCAGUGAAUUGUCGUCGACUCGCGCGGAGACCUUCUGUGUCGUGUACAUGUACCCAGGACAGGGAUCGCGGCGUGGAACGUAGGAGAGCAACAAACAAAGAAUAUGCUGAUAAGAGAAUUGGCGGCCGUGUGGGUCGCCGUCCUCUUGUGCCAUCUUCAGCUAACGGAGUCUCAGGUUCCUACCACAAAUGUCUUCACCUGUCCGAACGGAUGGGAACUGAAAGGUAUACAUUGUUACAAAUUCUUCAACAUCAGGCACUCUUGGGAAAAGGCAGCGGAAUUAUGCAGGAGGUACGGCAGCGAACUGAUGGUGGUGGAGUCGUACAGCGAGAACAACAUGUCCGCGAGCAUGAUCGGCCGGCAUUUGGAUCGUUACUGGCUUGGCCUGGCCUCCCUCGACGAUUUACGAACCAACACGCUCGAGUCGGCCGCUGGAAUGCUCGUCUCCCAAUACGCCGGUUUCUGGGCGUCGAAGCAGCCGAAUCCGCAAUCAGGUGAAUGCGUGGACGUCGCGUUGACGGAUGACCGACAAACGUGGGAGCUGACCACGUGCGAAUCGUUGCUUCCUUUCAUGUGCCGUGCCAACGCCUGCCCGGCAGGCUCUUUCCACUGUUCUAACGGAAAGUGUGUGAACGCGGCGUUUAAGUGUGACAAACAGGAUGAUUGCGGUGAUUUUUCGGACGAAAUAGAUUGUCCGGCUAAUUGCCAGUUUUAUAUGGCCAGCAGUGGCGACGUGGUCGAGAGCCCUAAUUAUCCGCACAAAUAUGCACCCCUCAGCAACUGCAAGUGGACCUUGGAAGGCCCUCAAGGCCAUAAUAUCCUGUUACAGUUCCAAGAAUUCGAAACGGAAAAGAGCUUCGACAUAGUACAGAUCCUGGUCGGUGGUAGGACAGAAGAAAAAUCCGUGAACCUGGCGACUCUCUCCGGCAAGCAAGAACUCACCAACAAACUAUUCGUAUCCGCCUCGAACUUCAUGAUCAUCAAAUUUAGCACAGAUUCGUCGGUGGAAAGGAAAGGUUUCCGAGCUUCGUGGAAAACCGAACCGCAAACUUGCGGCGGAAUUCUUCGAGCAACUCCUCAAGGACAGGUCCUCACCUCUCCAGGAUAUCCUCAGAAUUAUCCUGGAGGAUUGGAAUGUCUGUACAUUCUGCAAGCUCAACCUGGUCGUAUAAUGUCGCUCGAAAUCGAAGAUCUGGAUCUCGAGAUGAAUCGGGACUACAUUCUAAUUAGAGACGGUGACUCGCCAAUGAGCAGACCGAUAGCCAGACUAACAGGCAAAUCGGAAGACAAUCCUACGGUGAUCAUGUCAACUGGAAGUAACUUGUACCUCUACCUCAAGACUAGUCUUGGUGACUCAAGAAGAGGCUUCAGCAUUCGAUACACUCAAGGCUGUAAAGCUACGAUAAUUGCUAGGAAUGGAACGGUUCAGUCGCCAUCUUUCGGGUUGAAUGAUUAUCCUAACAACCAGGAGUGCUUGUACAGGGUGAAGAAUCCUCAGGGAGGACCGCUGUCUCUGAAGUUUAUCAGCUUUAACGUUCAUAAGACUGACUUUGUCCAGAUAUACGAUGGCCCAAAUACUAAUGGCCUCCGUUUGCAUCCUGGAAGUGGGUUCACGUCGAACACGAGACCAAAGAUCACUUUGACAGCUGAGAGCGGAGAAAUGUUGGUUAGAUUCACCUCUGAUGCUCUUCAUAGCAGUCCUGGCUGGCAAGCAGAGUUCUCAGCAGAUUGUCCUCAGCUUCAGUCCGGCGAAGGAGCAUUAGCAUCAAGCAGGGACACAGCUUUCGGUACAACAGUAACGUUCUCCUGUCCCCUGGGCCAGGAAUUUGCCACUGGUAAAGCGAAGAUUACCACAGAGUGUCUUCCUGGAGGGAACUGGUCUGUUACCUACAUUCCCAAGUGUCAAGAAGUUUACUGUGGACCGGUACCGCAAAUUGACAAUGGUUUCUCCAUUGGAUCCUCUAAUGUUACCUAUCGCGGUUUGGCUACUUAUCAAUGUUACGCUGGUUUCGCAUUCCCAUCUGGUAGACCUACCGAGAAAAUUUCGUGCAUGGCUGAUGGAAGAUGGGAGAAGAAGCCAUCUUGUUUAGCCUCUCAGUGUUCUCCGCUUCCGGAAGCGCCGCACUCCAACAUAACUAUCCUAAAUGGAGGUGGACGAAGUUACGGAACAAUUGUACGAUUCGAGUGUGAGCCAGGAUACGUUAGAAGCGGACAUCCUGUGAUUCUCUGCAUGAGCAAUGGAACCUGGUCCGACGAAGUACCAACGUGUUCUCGUGCAAAGUGUCCGUUGCUACCCACGAUCAAGAACGGUUUCGUAGUCGACACGACCAAGGACUACUUUUAUGGAGACGAAGCUAGAGUUCAAUGCAACAGAGGCUAUAAACUGUCCGGGUCGAAUAUCAUACAGUGUGGACCCAAUCAGCUGUUCGAUAAUGUACCCACUUGCGAAGAUAUAAACGAGUGUGCAUCGAGCCAAUGCGACCUAGCCUCCACAGAGUGCAUCAACAAUCCUGGUGCGUUUACUUGCAAAUGCAAACCUGGAUUCGCUCCAACUAUGGAAUGCAGACCUAUAGGCGAUCUUGGAUUGAUCAAUGGUGGUAUCCCGGAUGAGUCUAUCACCGUUUCAAGCUCUGAGAAUGGUUACACCAGAACUGGCGUUCGACUGAACAAUGGCGAUGGUUGGUGCGGCAACAACAUCGAACCAGGCGCAAACUGGGUGAUGAUCGAUAUGAAAGCUCCAACGAUCAUCCGCGGUUUCCGUACGCAAAUAGUCUCCAGAGUAGAUGGAAACAUAGCCUACACAUCAGCAGUGCGAAUUCAAUACACCGAUGAUCUAACAGAUACCUUUAAAGACUACACGAAUCCUGAUGGAACACCGGUAGAGUUCAGGAUAUUAGAACCUACUUUAUCUGUUCUAAACUUGCCAGUUCCCAUCGAGGCACGUUAUAUCAAAUUUAGAAUUCAAGAUUACGUUGGAGCACCCUGUAUGAAACUCGAAAUCAUGGGAUGCACUCGUUUAGAGUGUACAGAUAUCAACGAAUGUGCCAUUAACAAUGGUGGUUGUCACCAGAAAUGUAUAAACAAUCCUGGAAGCUAUGCUUGUAUGUGUAAUACGGGAUACGAAUUGUACAAAGGCAAUGGAACUGCUGGUUUUUACAUAGAGAAGCACGAAACUGGUGAGAGAGAUGGAGAUUUGGUUCAGAAGAAUAAGACUUGCGUACCAGUUAUGUGUCCAGCCAUAUCGGCGCCUGAGAAUGGAAAAUUAUUGUCGACCAAGCAAAAACAUCACUUUGGUGAUCUUGUGAGAUUCCAAUGUAACUUCGGAUAUGUGUUGUCUGGUUCCUCGGCUGUUAUUUGCACGUCCAGUGGAGCUUGGAAUGGAACCACUCCCGAAUGUCAAUAUGCCAAGUGUGUGUCGCUACCAGACGACAAGAACGAAGGCCUCUCGGUGAUCCGCAGCGACGAAGCCAGCGUCCUGGUACCAUUCAAACAAAACGUCACCCUAAAAUGUGGCAGCAACGGUCGUUAUUUGCGCAAUACAGCUACCUCAGGCUUCCGUCAAUGCGUGUACGAUCCGAAACCAGGUCUACCAGAUUAUUGGCUAUCAGGUUAUCAACCAGCCUGUCCAAGAGCCGACUGUGGAAAGCCUCUUCCAACACCUGGCGCGGAAUACGGUCAAUAUUUGGACACCAAAUACCAAUCUUCCUUCUUCUUCGGUUGUCAAGACACCUUCAAACUGGCUGGACAAACAAAUCGUCAUGACAAUGUAGUCAGGUGUCAAGCAAAUGGAAUCUGGGACUUUGGGAACCUCCGAUGCGAAGGUCCCGUUUGUGAAGACCCUGGACGACCUAGCGAUGGCUUCCAAGUAGCCAGGAGCUACGAGCAAGGAUCAGAAGUUCAAUUCGGUUGCAGUAGACCAGGAUAUAUUCUCAUUAAUCCUCGACCAAUUGUCUGCGUUCGAGAGCCAGAAUGCAAAGUCGUGAAGCCUCUUGGUCUAGCCUCUGGACGAAUUCCAGACUCAGCCAUCAAUGCAACCUCGGAAAGGCCUAAUUACGAGGCUAAGAACGUCCGUUUGAAUUCAGUGACCGGUUGGUGUGGUAAACAAGAGGCCUUCACUUACGUCAGCGUUGAUUUGGGUCAAGUUUAUAGAGUAAAAGCAAUUUUGGUGAAAGGUGUGGUGACGAAUGACAUCGUUGGCAGGCCAACGGAGAUUAGGUUCUUCUACAAACAGGCUGAGAUUGAGAAUUAUGUCGUCUACUUCCCUAAUUUUAAUCUGACUAUGAGAGAUCCUGGGAAUUACGGAGAAUUGGCGAUGAUCACUUUGCCUAAAUAUGUCCAAGCUCGGUUUGUCAUUCUUGGAAUUGUUAGUUAUAUGGAUAACGCUUGUUUGAAGUUUGAAUUAAUGGGUUGCGAGGAACCAGUGACGGAACCAUUGUUGGGAUACGACUAUGGGUUCUCUCCCUGCGUGGACAAUGAACCACCAGUGUUCCAGAAUUGUCCUCAACAACCGAUUGUGGUACAAAAGGGAACGGAUGGAGGAUUAUUGCCUGUGAAUUUCACUGAACCCACGGCUAUUGAUAACAGUGGAAGUAUUGCGCGAUUGGAAGUAAAACCUCAUAGUUUUAGAACACCACUGAAGGUGUUUCAGGAUACUGUGGUGAAAUAUGUGGCCUUUGAUUAUGAUGGAAAUGUGGCUAUUUGUGAGAUCAACAUCACUGUACCUGACGUGACACCGCCAAAACUGAGCUGUCCCCAAAGCUACGUCAUAGAGUUAAUAGACAAGCAAGAAAGUUACUCCGUCAAUUUCAACGAAACUCGCAGAAGAAUCAAUGCUACAGAUGUUUCUGGACCAGUGAAGAUUACAUUUGUCCCGGAAAGAGCAGUGAUACCAAUUGGAGGCUUCGAGAAUGUUACUGUUUACGCGACAGACUCUAGUGGAAAUAGGGCAUCCUGUCACUUCCAAGUGUCUGUUCAAGCAACGCCUUGCGUCGAUUGGGAAUUGAAACCACCGGCUAAUGGAGGACUAAAGUGUGUUCCUGGUGAUAAGGGACUUCAGUGUAUCGCCACUUGCAAGAAUGGCUUCCGUUUCACCGAUGGUGCACCUGUGAAGACGUUCACGUGUGACGUCGCUAAACACUGGUCUCCUUCUUCCGUUGUUCCUGAUUGUGUCUCAGAAAAUACACAACAGGCGAACUAUCAUGUGGUCGCAGCAGUAACUUACAGAGCCAAUGGCGCUGUUUCGAGAUCCUGCCUGCCGCAGUAUCAGGAUCUUAUGUCUCAAUAUUACAUGAAUCUGAAUAAUAUCCUGACGCAACGUUGUUCUGCUGUGAAUGUCAAUAUGAACGUGUCAUUUGUGAGAUCAGUACCGUUUCUUCUUGAAGAAAAUGUUUUGAAGAUGGACUUCAUUCUCGUCAUCGUACCAGCUAUACGUCAGCCUCAAUUGUACGAUCUCUGUGGCUCCACGCUGAACUUGAUCUUCGAUCUAUCAGUUCCUUCCACUAGUGCAGUUAUAGAACCAUUAUUAAACGUUUCCGCCAUUGGAAAUCAGUGUCCUCCUCUUAGAGCUUUAAAGUCAUCCAUCACUCGUGGCUUCACGUGUAGCAUUGGCGAAGUUUUGAACAUGGAUACCAACGAUGUCCCACGGUGUCUGCAUUGUCCAGCCGGAACAUUCGCUGGAGAGAAGCAAAAGCAAUGCACAUCCUGUCCGAAAGGCUUCUACCAAAAUAGCGACCGCCAAGGCUCCUGCUUACGCUGUCCAUUCGGUACAUACACUCGAGAAGAGGGUUCCAAGAGCAUAGACGACUGUGUCCCUGUUUGUGGAUACGGUACCUAUUCUCCAACAGGUCUGGUACCAUGUCUGGAGUGUCCCAGAAACAGCUAUACAGGAGAGCCGCCAGUUGGUGGCUACAAAGAUUGCCAGACCUGCCCAGCAGGAACCUUCACCUACCAACCAGCUGCUCCAGGUCGAGAUCGAUGCAGAGCCAAAUGUUCUCCUGGCAUGUACUCUGACACAGGACUGGCUCCCUGUGCUCAGUGCCCUAAGGACUUCUUCCAACCUCAACACGGAGCUACCACCUGCGUUGAAUGUCCGACAAAUAUGUACACCGAUGGUGCAGGAGCAGUUGGACGAGAAGAAUGCAAGCCGGUGCAGUGCACCGACAGUGUGUGUCAACAUGGAGGCUUAUGUGUUCCCAUGGGACACGGUAUCCAAUGUCUCUGUCCUGCCGGAUUCUCUGGAAGGCGCUGCGAAAUCGAUAUCGACGAAUGUGCCUCUCAGCCUUGUUAUAAUGGAGCUACGUGCAUAGACUUGCCACAGGGUUACAGGUGUCAGUGUGCUAAUGGUUAUUCUGGAGUUAAUUGCCAGGAAGAGAAGUCAGAUUGUUCGAACGACACCUGUCCUGAGAGAGCUAUGUGCAAAGACGAACCUGGAUUUAAUAACUACACGUGCCUUUGUCGCUCUGGGUACACUGGUGUCGACUGUGAUAUCACUAUAAACCCAUGCACAGCCAGUGGAAAUCCUUGCAACAACGGCGCCACCUGCGUAGCGCUGCAACAAGGUCGCUACAAAUGCGACUGUCUACCAGGUUGGGAGGGUCAGAGCUGUGAAAUAAACACAGACGAUUGUGCUGAAAAACCAUGCCUACUAGGUGCCAACUGCACAGAUUUAGUAGCCGACUUCAGCUGUGACUGUCCUGCAGGAUUCACCGGCAAACGGUGUCACGAGAAAAUAGAUUUAUGUUCAGGAAAUCCUUGUCUAAAUGGAAUAUGCGUAGAUAAUCUAUUCAGCCACGAGUGCAUCUGUCAUCCAGGAUGGACAGGUGCAGCUUGUGAAACGAAUAUCAACGAAUGUUCUAGCAAACCUUGCAAGAACAAUGGCCAAUGUAUCGAUCAGGUUGAUGGAUACACUUGCACCUGUGAACCAGGUUAUACAGGCAAACAGUGUCAACACACUAUCGAUGACUGUGCCUCUGAACCUUGUCAAAACGGAGGGACCUGCGUGGAUCAGUUAGAAGGAUUCGUUUGUAAAUGUAGACCGGGUUUCGUUGGACUUCAAUGCGAAGCUGAAUUGGAUGAAUGUCUCAGUGACCCAUGCAGUCCUGUUGGAACAGAUCGUUGCGUUGAUUUGGAUAAUACUUUUGUUUGUCACUGUCGCGAGGGUUAUACCGGAUCAGCGUGUGAGAUCAAUAUCGAUGACUGUGCAUCCGAUCCUUGUCUAAAUGGCGCCACGUGCAGAGACGAGGUCGGCGGGUUUAAAUGUAUGUGUCCUGAAGGUUGGACUGGAGUUCAUUGCGAGGUGGACGUUGGAAUGUGCCAAAAUCAUCCUUGUCAGAAUGAUGCGGCUUGCGUUGAUUUGUUCAUUGAUUACUUUUGUGUAUGCCCGUCAGGAACGGAUGGAAAACAAUGUGAAACAGCACCCGAGCGUUGUAUUGGCAAUCCUUGCAUGCACAAUGGACGUUGCCAAGACUUUGGAUCUGGGCUCAACUGUACUUGUCCCGAUGACUACACUGGAAUCGGUUGUCAAUACGAAUAUGACGCUUGUCAGGCUGGCGCGUGUAAGAACGGAGCUACGUGUAUUGACGAAGGUGCUGGAUUCACUUGUAUUUGUCCAUCAGGGUACACAGGCAAAACGUGCGAGGAUGAUAUAAUCGACUGCAAAGAGAAUUCAUGUCCACCAUCAGCGACGUGCAUCGAUCUUACUGGCAAAUUCUUCUGCCAAUGUCCUUUCAACUUGACUGGUGACGAUUGCAGAAAGUCUAUCCAAGUGGAUUACGAUUUGUACUUCAGCGACCCAGUGCGCAGUAGCGCAGCCCAAGUGAUUCCAUUCUUUACUGGAGGAAGAAAGAGCCUAACAGUGGCCAUGUGGGUGCAAUAUACUCAAAAAGAUGAAGCUGGAAUAUUCUUCACUCUCUACUCAGUCAGCUCUCCACACGUUCCUAUGAAUAGGAGACUUAUGAUCCAGGCACACAGCAAUGGAGUCCAAGUGUCGUUAUUCCACGAUCUGCAAGACGUUUAUCUGCCAUUCAGAGAGUAUGCAACGAUUAACGAUGGUCAGUGGCAUCACGUUGCUGUAGUUUGGAAUGGUGAAAACGGUGGAGAAUUGGUCUUAAUAACAGAGGGUCUAAUUGCCAGCAAGACGGAAGGUUAUGGAAGCGGAAGAUCUCUUCCUUCUUAUGCCUGGGCAGUGCUAGGUAAGCCACAGAGCGAAAAUACGAAAGGCUACACGGAAUCAGGCUUCCAAGGACAUCUGACCAAGGUACAAAUCUGGAGUCGAGCCUUACAUAUCACGAACGAGAUCCAGAAACAAGUUCGUGACUGUCGUACCGAACCUGUUCUCUACCAAGGUUUGGUCUUAACUUGGGCAGGCUACGAUGACACAGUCGGAGGAGUAGAGAGAGUCGUGCCUUCACACUGUGGACAAAGAGUAUGUCCACCUGGAUACGGCGGUACCAAGUGUCAACAAUUGGAAUCCGACAAAAUUCCACCGAAAAUGGAGUACUGUCCAGGCGACCUUUGGGUGAUCGCCAAGAACGGAUCAGCUAUAGUUAGCUGGGAUGAACCGAAAUUCGUCGAUAACGUUGGUAUAGUGAGGAUCCAGGAGAAGAAUGGACAUAGGUCAGGACAAACAUUAAUGUGGGGAACGUACGAUAUUAGUUACGUGGCUUAUGACCAGGCUGGAAACUCUGCCAGCUGCAAUUUCAAGGUCUAUGUACUAUCCGAUUUCUGCCCAGAAUUACCAGAUCCAAUUGGAGGCACGCAACAAUGCAAAGACUGGGGCUCUGGCGGCCAGUUCAAGGUCUGUGAGAUAUUCUGCAACCCCGGGUUGAGAUUCUCUCAAGAAGUACCGAAAUUCUACACCUGCGGAGCUGAAGGAUUCUGGAGACCAACCAACGAUCCGUCCCUUCCUCUCAUCUAUCCAGCUUGUACAAGUGCCACACCAGCGCAGCGUGUAUUCAGAAUCAAAAUGAACUUCCCAACAUCAGUGCUAUGCAACGAAGCUGGUCAGGGAGUGCUCAAGAAGAAAGUUCGAGAUGCUGUGAAUUCUUUGAAUAGAGAUUGGAAUUUCUGCUCAUAUUCGUACGAAGGAACUCGCGAAUGCAAAGAUUUGCACAUCGAUGUUCAAUGCGAUCAUCGCAUACGCACCACCAGAGAAACGAACGAAGAAGAUGGUGGAACGUACAUAAUCUCAGCAGUAGUGCCAGCUGAACCAACGAGACAAGCUCGGCAAGGAAGCGAUACCUACGAGGUGGAGAUCUCGUUCCCGGCGAUAAACGACCCGAUUUUGAACGCAAACUCGAACGAGAGAGCGACUGUUCAAACCCUAUUGGAGAGAUUAAUCCUGGAGGAAGAUCAGUUCGACGUUCACGAUAUUUUGCCCAAUACCGUGCCAGAUCCAGCUUCUUUGAUGUUGGAGUCUGAUUAUGAUUGUCCUGUUGGACAAGUCGUUAUGGCACCUGAUUGUGUGCCAUGCGCCGUGGGAACGUAUUACGACGAAGAAACGAAACAGUGUCUAUCCUGUCCAGUGGGAAGCUACCAGAGCGAAUCAGGUCAACUGAAAUGCAGUUCCUGUCCGGUGAUAGCAGGACGUCCUAGCGUAACGGUGGGACCAGGUGCCCGAAGCGCAGCCGAUUGCAAGGAACAAUGUCCCGCGGGAAAAUACUACGACGACCUGGCUGGUCUUUGUCGAAGUUGUGGCCAUGGUUUCUAUCAACCUAACGAGGGUAGUUUCUCGUGUUUGUUGUGCGGCCUGGGAAAAACUACCAGAACAGCGGAAGCUGUGUCUCGAGAAGAAUGCAGAGACGAGUGUGGCUCUGGACAGCAAUUGGCUGUCGAAGGAAAAUGCGAACCCUGCCCAAGAGGAAGUUACAGAACUCAGGGAGUUCAAGCUGCCUGUCAGACGUGUCCCGUUGGCAGAACGACACCGAAUAUGGGUUCUGCGGCGAUAGAAGAAUGUUCUCUGCCCGUAUGCGAACCUGGAACGUAUUUGAACGGAACGCUGAACGAAUGUAUGGAGUGCAAGAAGGGAACGUAUCAGUCGGAGCCGCAGCAGACCUUCUGCAUACCUUGUCCUCCUAAUACUAGUACCAAAGGAACAGCUGCGACCAGCAAAGCUGAUUGUACUAACCCAUGCGAGACAAGCGACGCGGAAAUGCACUGCGACGCGAACGCGUAUUGCUUGCUGAUACCGGAAACGAGCGACUUUAAAUGCGAGUGCAAGCCAGGAUAUAAUGGAACCGGAACCGAGUGCACCGAUGUCUGCAUGGGCUACUGCGAUAACGAAGGAGUAUGUCUUAAAGAUUCGCGAGGUCAACCAUCCUGCAGAUGCAGCGGAAGUUUCACCGGAAAACGAUGUACGGAAAAGUCUGAGUUCUUCUAUAUCACAGGUGGCAUCGCUGGUGGAGUUAUCUUAAUCAUCUUCGUCGUUCUUCUUGUAUGGAUGAUCUGUGUCAGAGCUUCCAGAAAGAAGGAACCUAAAAAGAUGCUAACACCAGCGACAGACCAAAAUGGUUCGCAAGUGAACUUCUAUUACGGCGCGCCUACGCCGUACGCGGAAUCUAUCGCGCCGUCCCACCAUAGUACCUACGCUCACUAUUACGACGAUGAGGAAGACGGCUGGGAAAUGCCUAACUUUUACAACGAGACCUACAUGAAAGAGAGUCUGCACAAUGGCAAAAUGAACAGUCUUGCACGCUCCAACGCCAGUAUUUACGGCACGAAAGACGACCUUUACGAUAGACUGAAACGUCAUGCGUAUCCUGGCAAGAAAGACAAAAGCGACAGCGAUAGCGAGGGCCAGUGACCACGACGAGUGACCCGCGUUCUACCAUCGUAGAAUACAAAGAAGAAAGAAAAGUACAUCCUAGUUACGCAGAUUUUAUAAAGGAUGUCCCAUCGUCGAGACCAAUUUAUUUAUUAUUCCCAGACGAGGAUCGUACCGGGGUGGCGCGUUCGAGGAGAUUCGUGGUUUCCGGCGUGGAAAAAGAGGUCGAUAUCGAACCCGCGUGAACCUCUCGAACGCGUGUAUUCGCGUCGAACGUGUACAACGAUGCAAAGUGACGUUGCGUUGAUCGAUUUAUCCAGAGACGAGAUCGAGUCCUGGAACGACGAUCCGUCGUCUUUUUUUUUUCUAAAGUAGGAUCGUUGUUUCGGCACCCGUUAACACAUCGAUCAACGAAAUCGAGAGAACGAAACGUUCGCAACGAAAAAGAAAAGACUAUUAAGCGUGAGGUUGUAAUUUUAUGUAAUUUAUAAUACCACCUAGCCUAGUUAAGGACUAUUCUCUUUUUUAUUUUCUAUCGAUUAACUUUCCACGUCUUUCUCUCUCUGUCUGUCUCCUACGAUUUAUAACGAGAUGCGAACGAGAGGAGCAAGUGUGUGCAUGUAUGUUAAUACAACUCCCCCCCCUCUUUCUCUCCCCUUUCAAGUUCACUGUCCCUCUUAUACAUUAAGCGAAUUUAUAUUUUGUUACUAUAGAUAAUAUGUGUAUCACUCUCGCUGUAAUAUAAAAACGUUGCAUGUAGGCGACUCGUGCAGAUUAACCGGGGAAAGAAAACAAUCAAAAAAAAAGAAAAGAAAAAAUGGAAAAGAUGGAACGAACGAUCCCAAGAACUGAUCGCGAAUGUACAUUGAACCAUGCCUACCAACCUGUUUUUCACUUGUAUUGUAAAAACUUUAACAAACGGUUGUUUUUUUUAUUAAUAAAAUAUAUUACAAGA